CCCAUUGAGUUUGCCAUGUAUUCCAUAUGGUUUUUAAUUAAGACAUGGAAUGCCGGGUUUUACGAUGAUAAAAGUGUUUAGCCGACGCGUUGUCGGCCUAAUAUCCGGCAACAUUAUAUUUGAUCAAGGGCCACCACCACAGUCACUCAAGAGUCGCUAACCUUCGAACCGUCAGUGUAGAAGACUGAUCACGGGAACAUCAAGCAGCUCGUGGUGGUUAUCGACAAGUGUUCCAUAUGCGCACCCAGGCACCCUUCCCAUGCCCUCUCCGCGCGCAACGCACAGUCGCUGGCUGAAGUUGAAUUAGUUAACCUGCGAGGCGUUGGGCACACUGGCUUGUACUGUGUCUCCUCUCAGUUUCAUGUAAAAGGGUGCAUUUUUAUUUGAAGGAUAUAUUAUAAAGUAAACUAGGUGCCAGUAGUUUGCGCCGAUACGCAGAUGCGCUUCCAUGCGCCUGUUCCAGAGCGCAACUUGCCGAUUAUUAUGGAGCGAAGCUACCAUGACCUGUAGCCUGUCGAUCGCACAAUUUGUUCCUGGCCAUGAACAAAAGGAAAUCAAAAACAAAGCCUGAGGCAAAACCAAGCAAAAGUCUCAAAGUAGACAGACGUUCUACGCAAGAGGAUGACUUUGAGGAUGACGACGGUUUGGAGGACCAUUCAUUUUCCACCUCGAGUUUGGGAGAUAUUGGUGUCAUCGAGAGCAUUACACUGAAGAACUUCAUGUGUCAUCAAAACCUCGGGCCAUUCCAGUUCGGCCCAAAUGUGAACUUUAUCGUAGGAAAUAAUGGAAGUGGAAAAAGUGCAAUCCUCACCGCCCUCAUUGUUGGCCUCGGAGGCAAGGCAACCAUGACAAACCGAGGAGUCUCACUGAAGGGAUUUGUUAAAAACGGAGAAGGCCAUGCCGAUGUUACCGUGAAGCUACGCAACAGAGGAAUCGAUGCCUUUAAGGGAGAAGUGUAUGGAGACUGCAUCAUCGUUGAGCAGCGCAUCGCCAAUGAUGGGUGCAGGCUGUGCAAGAUUAAAAAUAAAUCUGGCCAGAUCAUCUCCAAUAAGAAGGAGGAGCUGAUGUCUAUUUUGGACCACUUCAACAUCCAGGUGGAUAAUCCAGUUUCCAUCCUCAACCAAGAGAUGAGUAAACAAUUCCUCCACUCAAAAAGUGAAGCUGACAAAUACAAGUUCUUCAUGAAGGCAACGCUGCUGGAGCAGAUGAGAAGGGACUACAUUCACAUCAAGCAGACAGAGGACGUGACACGCGACCAAGUGGAGCGGCAGGAGGAGUGCCUAAAAGACCUGAGGCAAGACUAUGUGCUGAAGAAGGAGAGGUACGACAGCCUGGCGUCUCUGGACGAGAUGAAGAAGACUCUGGAGGGGCUGCAGAGGAAGAUGGCUUGGUGUCUGGUGAGGGAGAAGGAGUGGCAGAUUGAGCAUCUGAAGGAACAGAUUGAAAAAGAGGGUGAUGGCAAAUUUGAAGAAAAGCUUCUCCUCUGUCAGGCCAAAGUCACCCAGGCUAUGAAGAAAGUUCGUGACAUCCAGAAGAAGCUUGAAAAGGUCCGUGAUGAGGACACGUCUCUGACCAGGGACUACCAACGGUUCAAGGAAGAAGUGAAGGCCAAAAGUAAAGAGCAGAAAGGCCAGGAGGUCGUGUACUUUCGAGCAGAAAACAAACUCAAGCAACUGGAGAAAGAACAGUGCCUUCUCUCAGAGAGAAUACACAAAAUCAAACACAAUGAAAGUCAAAAUGUGGAAGUGGAACGCAACAAGCGUUUAAAGAAGAUGGCCGCCCUGAAGAAGCUACUGGAGAAACACGAAGCCCAAUCAGCCGCCCUCAAUCAGGAGCUGAAGGAUAAGCAACAAGCUCUGUUCAAAGGCAGAGAGGAGUUCGACAAACUCAGCAUGGAGGAGAAGAACAUCAAGGUGGCUUUAGAAGCCAAACUGAAGAGGAAGAACCAACUGCUAGCCAGCAGGUCCAACCGUCUUCGGAUGUUUGGGGAACGCAUGCCGGAACUCAUAGAGUCCAUCAAUAAGGCGCAUGCCCAGGGACGCUUCAAACACAAACCUGUUGGACCAAUAGGGGCCUGCAUCUCGGUGAAAGAGCCGUCUCUGACGGUGGCAGUGGAGAGCUGCUUGCGGGGCUUCAUGAAGACCUUCUGCUGCGACAACUACAGAGACGAGAAGGUCCUGGAGGAGCUCAUGGCCCCCCACUUCCAGCGGAGCUCUCGACCGCAGAUCAUCGUGUGCCCCUUCACGGAAAACGUCUACAAUGUCCAGGGCAGAGGAGUGAAGCACCCCGAGUUUCCGUCGGUGCUGGACAUGAUCAGCUGCACCAGUCCUGUGGUCACCAACUGCCUGAUUGACAUGAGGGGGAUUGAGUGCAUCCUCAUCAUCAAAGACACCGCUAUGGCCAGAAAGGUGAUGAUGCUCAACAGGCCGCCGCGUAACUGCAGGGAGGCCUUCACUGCGGAGGGGGACCAGGUCUACACCAACCGCAGCUACGCCCCCGAGAAGAACGUGCUCAUCAAGUACCUCGGGGGAGACCCUGAAGCCGAAAUCCGGCUUGUGGAGGCGGAGGUGGAGAACCACCGCGCCCAGCUGUCCCGCUUCCAGCUCCACCUCAGCUCUGUCAAGCAGGACAUCCAGGCCAUGGAGGACAAGAUGAACAGUGUCAUCAUCACAUGCAAGAAGAACCAGGCGAGUAUAAAUCAAGUGAAGACCUCCAUUUCUGAACUGGAAAACGUAGAGGAGUCCCAGGUGGAGGAUAUCAGCACAUUGGAGGAGGACGCUCAGGAAAUCCAGCAGAAAAUUGAGCUGGAAAAGAAGAAUGUGGAGAAGACCAAGACGGAGCUGGACAAGCAGGAAGAGGCUCUCAAGGACGUCAACGGCAAAUUCCAAAAUGUCAAGAAUAAAAUGGAAGAGCUCACUGAUGACACCGACCAGCUGAAGGAAGAGCAAGUGAAGGGGGAGGCGGAGUGCAGUAAGCUGGAGCAGACUCUCAAGAUCCUGGAGAAGAAAGCCAAGGCCCACGAAGAAAACAUCCAGACCAUACGCUCUGAGCUCACCGCCAAAGAAGAGGACAUUCAGGAGUGCAUAGAGAAGGCCAAACUGAUCUGCCCUGAGCGGCUCAGCGUGGACCGCAGCACGAAGAGUCUGGACACGGAGAUCACGCGCCUGCGACAGAAAAUCACUGCACAAGAGCAGAGCCACGGCGACAAGGAUAAAGUCAUCAGAGAAUAUGCAGAGGCUCAUGAAAACUACAAGAGUAAGUCCAGUCAGCUCAGGGAUUUAAAGAAGUUCAUCGAUUGCCUGGACAACAUCAUGACUGACAGACAAGCACGUUAUAAAACUCUUCGCAGGUCGCUGUCUGUGAGGUGUAAGCUUUAUUUCAACAACUUCCUGAUCAAGCUGCAAUGCUGUGGCUCUAUGAAAUUCGACCACAACAAUGAAACCCUCUCCAUAUCGGUGAAGCCGCCGGGUCAGGAGAGCGACAGUGUGAGUGACAUGCGUUCCCUGUCGGGCGGCGAGCGCUCCUUCUCCACCGUCUGCUUCAUCCUGUCCCUCUGGGAGAUCACAGAGUCGCCCUUCCGCUGCCUGGACGAGUUCGACGUCUACAUGGACAUGCAUAAUCGACGCAUUUCUCUGGACCUGCUUCUAGAGUUGUCGGAGAGGCAGCAUCUUCGCCAGUUCAUCUUCAUCACGCCCCAGACCACGAGCAAUCUCCCCAAGAGUGAUCACAUUAAAAUCCAUCAGCUGGAAGAUCCAGAGAGAGGCGGCAUCGAGGACGAGGAGGUCUCGCGCAGCAGGCGAUAGAAGUGCAGCUUAUUCACGUUAGAAUUUUUAUAUCACAGAAACUUUUAUAUUUUUGUUAUCGUUUGUAAUUGUUGAAUGGUUUUACGUACCUAUUUUAAAGUAGAAACGUUUUUAAUUCAUAGAAGGACCAAGGUUGUCACUGUGUUCUGUGUGAGGGUGUGUGUUUGUGUGUGUUGGGAGAGUGAGUUCUCUGCUCUAAGACUGUAAUUGUGUGAGUUAAUGCUGUGUGCUAUGCUAUGCUGCUAGCCAUUACGGUGCCUUUUGGAGGGUGGGGUUGACUAAACUGUUAAUUGUUAGGGGGAAGACCAUGAAUUGGUUUUAAAGGGACUCCCUAAAUUGACAAAAAAUAAUGCUGUUGCUUUUUUACUGUCUACUGUAUUUAUUUUUUCAGCCAAAGGAAAUAAAAAAUAAUAAAUAAAAAUAA